AUGAGCAUCACUCAGCCCCUCACCACCCUGGCCAAAGACGACGACUUAUCAUGUUGGACGGGUAGGGCUCCACUGGGUCGCGAUGGCCGUGUGCCCGAGGAUUGGAACUCACCCGCGGCGACCGUCGUCGCCGACAUGCGUGACUCCUUCCCCAAUCUCCAGCACGUUCUCGUGGUUGGCAUAGCAGGAGCCAUGCCUUCCUAUGGCCCCGAUCAGCGGCAAAUUGUGCUUGGGGACGUUGUUGUUAGCUACCCUCAGGGAAGCGAAGGCGGAGUAGCACAUUACGAAUUCGGUGCUUGGGAAGCGAACGGACUCAGCGUCAGCGGGCACAUGCUUCACCCAUCCGAUGCUCUACUAAGCGCGGUGAAUAAUCUCCGAGCAAAACAUGAUCUAGAACCGGGGACGGACAUCCCGAGACUUCUCGACCAAAUACGGGAGCACGUGAUGGAGGAGCAGCGACCAGACUACCAUGACCCGGGUGCCGAAUAUGAUCUUCUCUUCCAAGAUGAUUACCCGCACAGAGAUAGACAUGAGCUCUGUGAAGCACUCUGCGACUCGAGGCGGGCAAGGCAACGGUGCUUCCGAGGGCACACUGCUAUGCGGAAGCUUGAUUUUCCGCGCAUCCACUAUGGCACUAUCGGCUCAGCAAAUACACUUGUGAUAUCUAGUGAGAAGCGGAACGAACUAUAUAAGAAGCACGAAAUCAUUUGCUUUGAAAUGGAAUCCGCGGGCGUGAUGGGAAGUCACCAAGCCCUUGUCAUCCGUGGCAUUUGCGACUAUGCGGAUUCACAUAAGAAUAAGAAAUGGCAGAAGUAUGCUGCAGCUACCGCAGCAGCCUAUGCGGAGGAGCUUUUAUUAGUCCUGCCACCAUCCAACCUAGCCCCCUGCUCACCAAGCCCCCACGGAAAGUCCGAGUUACCGGACGCCGAUAUAAAGGCCUGUCUAAGAGCCUUGUCCUUCGAGAGGAUGAACGAUCGAUUCUACAAACUCGCAAUGUUUGGCUUCGAUGGGCUGGACCGUCAAAACCUCACACUUAAAGCAAUCGAGCAAGCGGUUGACCGGACCCCAUGGGAACUUGAUGAAUUAUAUAAUUCGCUUAUUACCGGUAUGGAUGGCGAUUCGAUCAUGCUCAUCCGAUGGGUCUGUUUUGCGAUAGAACCGUUGUCCAUCAUGGAGAUGCAGUGGGCUCUGUUGGUGGGGGCAGAUCCUGACCACCAGUCAAUGAAGGCGUACCGGGACGACAUUCUUGACAUUGGCCCCAUGAAGGCGAGAGUUACGCAUCUUAGUCGUGGCCUUGUCGAGGUCACCUCAAACUCUCAUCAGGUUGUUCAAUUCGUCCACCAGUCCGUCAAGGACUACUUUAUGAACAAGGGCUUGUUGAAUCUGGACGAGAAUCUAUCGUCUAUUAGCGAAACGACCGCGAUGACCCACCACCAGCUAUCUAAAAUUUGUAUUCGAUACCUACGAAUGGACGAGAUAGGCGACUUUUGCGAAGACGCUAUGAAUGGGUAUGAGCCUGUAGCUAAGCUACUAGUUGCUAUACCUGGGGUUGAUGUCAACUCAAAGGAUGAUAAUGGACGGACACCCCUCUCCUAUGCAGCUAUGAAUGGGUAUGAGUCUGUGGCUAAGCUACUAGUUACCAUACCUAGGGUUAAUGUCAACUCAAAGGAUAAUAGUGGACGGACACCCUUCUCCUAUGCGGCUAUGAAUGGGUAUGAGUCUGUGGCUAAGCUACUAGUUACCAUACCUAGGGUUAAUGUCAACUCAAAGGAUAACAGUGGACGGACACCCCUCUCAUGGGCAGCUAUAUUUGGGCAUAAGUCUAUGGCUAAGCUACUAGUUGCCAUGCCUAGGGUUGAUGUCGACUCAAAGGAUAAUGAUGGACGGACACCCUUCUCCUAUGCGGCUAUGAAUGGGUAUGAGUCUGUGGCUAAGCUACUAGUUACCAUACCUAGGGUUAAUGUCAACUCAAAGGAUAACAGUGGACGGACACCCCUCUCAUGGGCAGCUAUAUUUGGGCAUAAGUCUAUGGCUAAGCUACUAGUUGCCACGCCUAGGGUUGACGUCGACUCAAAGGAUAACGAGGGAUGGACACCCCUCUCCUAUGCAGCUAUGCGUGGGCAUGAGUCUGUGGCUAAGAUACUAGUUGCCACACCUGGGGUUGAUAUUGACUUAAAGGAUAAAUAUGGACGGACACCCCUCUCAUGGGCAGUUGCCACACGCCACAAGUCCAUGAUGCAACUACUAGGUUACCCUUCCAGUUGA